AUGGACGCAUAACCUCAACAAACAACUUAAAGAAAAGCUCCUGCAACAGAGGAGGACAUUAGAAGAAUGCUUUAAACUAAGGAUUUUUAUGAACUUCUUGGAGUUAGCAAAACUGCCACAGAAGAAGACAUUAAAAAGUAAUACAAAAAGCUCGCUUUAAGAUUCCAUCCUGAUAAACUAAGGUUACCAGGUGCUUAAGAUGUGUUUAAAAAAAUAGCUUAGGCUUACGAUUGUUUAUCAAAUCCUGAUAAACGUGCUCACUAUGAUAGAACAGGUAGCGAUUAGCCAUAGCAAUAGAGAGCUUAUGAGCAAUAAUAUUAUGAUGAUAUAGAUCCUGCCGAUAUUUUUAGCGCUUUCUUCGGUCCUGGAUUUGCAUUUUAGUAAGGAGGAUAGAGGCGCCAUUAUUAAUACUAUUCAACUAGAAGAGGCAGAGAUUAAGAAGACAGAAAUGGUUAAAAUAAUUAAAAAGGAUUUAAUUUAAUGGGAUUGCUUUAAUUACUUCCUUUCUUUUUACUUAUAUUCUCUGGUGUCUUCAGUCAACUCUUUUAGGAAUCUCCUCAAUUCUCUCUUCAUAAAAACUCCUCAUUUAAUAUCUUGAAAAAAAGUGUUUUCUUAAAUAUUAACUAUUUCGUUGAUAGCUCCUUCGAAGAUAAAGUAAUGGAAGAUAUAGAGUACUUACCUUCAUUUGAAUAUAAAGUAGAGCAAGAGUAUCUCUCUAAUUUGAAUGCUAGUUGUUUAAAUUAAGAUGCAAAAAGAAGAUAGUAUGCUAAUAUGGCCAGAAAUUCUUGGACUAAAAGAGAUUAAAAUUAUUACUAGAAUCUAAGCGAAAGAGUUGAUAUGUCUCCAUGUGAGGAAUUUCAGGAGUUAAGCUCAAAGCAUGAUAUCAACAGAUAUUUUUGA